GCUUUGAUCAGAUAAACUGGAGGUAUUCGAACGAUAAACUCUACUUAAGUUUUGCCUUGCUCGUAAUCAUGUUGAAUCCGUUCGUGUCCCUUUUUGUAAUGCAUCUCUUCAUUCUGAGUUUGACUGUGUCUGGAAGAGGAAUGGCUCAUAAAAACCGUUUAGAGAAAACUUCGUGUUCUGAAGAGACGAAAAACUCGCCUGAAACGAAGGGUCCAAAGAAGCACUUUAAGAGUCUAAUUCAAGAAGGAUCUGCUGAUCAGCACAAUGAAGUCCAAAUUGAACCAUUUUCAAGCAAGGAAACAGAACGCAAACUUCUUCCAGAGAAGAAAGAAGAUGAAGCUGAUGCUUGCCGAAGGGUGCCAAUGUAUGUGAGCUUUUCGAAUCUUAAAAAUAGUACCCUAUUUGAUCUAGUCAUUGCACCUUCGGGGUUCAAUGCUUUUAAGUGUGUGGGGAAGUGCAAACCUAACAAUUAUUCACUGAUGAUGGCAAUCCUGAACUCAAAGAACAAGAGGUACCCAACCGAUGGCGGCAGGUCCUGUUGCGUCCCAAUAAAGUGGCGGUCAGUCUCUCUAUUGGUGUUUCAGCAGGAUAAGGUUUUAUUGAGGAAAUUUGAUAAUAUGAUUGUUCAGGAAUGCGGGUGUAUGUGAAACGUUUUGGUCCUUACGAUUAACUGUUAAGAUUUUUGUGUAGUGUCGGGCAAACUUUAAACGGUGGACACCUUUACGCUUGAUAAGGCCACCUUCAUGUAAUUUGCGAAAGUUUUCGUUUAGCGAAGGAACUGUUACCAAUAUAAACAAUGCUGAUUAACAAUUGUAAUUUUUUUUAAAAACUUAUGGGAUGUUAGCGUAUUGUGAACAUCCAGUACAAUUCUUCAUUGUUGUGAUGCAGAUUACAGUAAUAAAAGUUUGCCACUUCAUCGAGA